AUCUGAAUGGCCGCUCUAGAAGAAGACCAAGACGACGUCGUUAUAAACCCCGCCACAAUGCUCCUCCGCGACGACGACUCCUACGAGGUCAAGAUGGCGGAGAGCGAACAGCUCCGGCAGCAUUCUCUGCCUUCGAUCGAGUCCACAAUCGUCACCAGGCAGCUCCCCUCGCAAGGUCUCUCCUUUCAGCUCUGGCCGGCGGCCACCACGCUCCUCACUCUCCUCGACGACCACCGCCGUGACCCCACCACGAGCCCCCUGGGCCCCACGCUCUCGGCGUUGGAUUCCGGCCGGAGACUCAAGAUCCUCGAACUAGGUUCUGGAACCGGCCUCGUCGGAAUAGCCGCCGCCGCCACGCUCGGCGCGUGCGUCACGGUGACGGACCUCCCGCACGUCGUCGACAACCUAAAGUUCAAUGCGGAACUAAACGCCGCCGUUUUGGGGGGGAGCGGCGGGAGUGUGAGAGUGGCGGCGCUGAGGUGGGGAGAGGCGGAGGACGCGGAGGCAAUAGGGCGCGAGUUUGAUAUUGUAUUGGCGUCGGAUGUAGUGUAUCACGACCACCUCUACGAGCCGCUGCUCAAAACGCUGUCGUUUCUGCUGUUGGGGGAGGGCGGCGUGGUGUUUGUGAUGGCCCACUUGAGGAGGUGGAAGAAGGAGUCGGCCUUCUUCAAGAGGGCCAGGAAGCUUUUUGAGGUUGAGCUCUUGCACGUGGAUCCUCCGUGCCAGGGAUCGAGGGUGGGAGUUACUGUUUACCGUUUUACCGGGAAGCCAAGUAAGAAAUUGUUGAAUGGUGUCUCAGUGAACAAUGUCAAUGGCAUUCUCUAACAAUCAAUAUCAAAUUAAUGCUUGGA